UCUCUCUCUAACCUGUCUCUCUCUCCCCUGUCUGUCUCUCAGCUCUGCAGUCCGGUCAGUGGGACGUGGCUGACGAGCUGCAUCGGUCUCUGAUGGUGGAUCAUGUGACUGAAGUCAGCCAAUGGAUGGUCGGCGUCAAGCGCCUCAUCGCUGAGACCCGGAGACUCGACCCAGAACUCUUAGACCCGCUUCAGAGACCUGCAGGCCCAGACCAGGACCCUGCAGGACCACACCAGGUCUCUGCAGACCCUGCAGACCCAGGCAAGGUCCCUGCAGGCCCAGACCAGGAUCCUGCGGGACCAGACCAGGAUCCUGCGGGACCAGACCAGCUCCAGGACUGUUAAGCCUGCAGGACUGCAGUUUUUUCUACUCU